AUGACAACAGUAUAAAUUAGAUGUUUGAGAGUGUUUUCACAAUCCCAAAAAGAAUUUUCCCAUUUUCACAUAAUUAUUAGAUCUAUCAUUUUAUGUUGCUUUGAGCUCUUCCUCCCAAGAAUAUCAUAUAAUAAUCCUGUAAAUGAGGGACCUCUUCUUUUAGAGAUAAUCAAAUCCUCAGGGAGAGUGGAAAGGCAUUCUCACCUUGAAGUGACCAAUAUUAAUGGGUUUGGUACUUAGUAGUUGAUUGCAAGAGGGCUCAAAGCUAGGAACACGAUGAACUUGGCGCAACUCCAUUAAUGCUAUCUUGUGUUAGAGGUUAAGAGAUAAGGAAAUGAAAUGAGUCACAAUGAUGGUUUGGAAAAUUAAAAAGAUAAAUAAAUGCAUAUAUGA